GGCCUUGGACUGUUUUUUACUAGGACCUGGCAACCCGAUAAUGACUUCCUGCUUGAAAAAGUGAAACAAACUGCAGUGUGUGUAGCGUUACAUUCAAAAAGUAUUAACAGUGUUCUGGGUGACACUGUGAUUAUAUAUUGGACCAAACAAAAAGCGCUUCAACUUGUACUAACGUUACUCUUUAGAAAACAAUGCAUAACUUUACCUUUUUACUGAAACAAACUUAUUGACGGUUACGCUAGCUCUUGGCUCGUUUUGUUCCCGCUUUGUUUAGAUUUCCCUGACAACUGAACGACGCCAUCAGUGGAGAUCGAGAUGACGAGCCUGCCACAGAUAUUCGCUGCAGUGAGACUGCACCCGCCAAAUUCAGUUUCAAGCAAAAGCAAGACUACGAAACACAAAUAUGAAGACGCGAAUGGUGUUGCCAGCGGCUCGUUUCGAGAGGCUGAAGAUAUGUACAGGAGUACAAUUGUGCAAAUAACACGGGAUGGAAGUAGGGAUCUCAGACAAGAGGAGAGACCAGCUCAAAGCAACUCUUUAGUAGUUGAACAAGUUGAGGUUGAUGGCAUUGUUAUGGAUUACAUUAAAGAAAUGAAAUCCAAGGAACUUGACAUAAUUAAAGAAAGGAAUGCAGUUCUCAUGAAGCGAGAUGAUAGAUAUGUGACGUUUAUAAAUACGUCUGGUAAGCGGGUUUACGCUCAGUUUGCACGAGAACAGUUUAUAACAUUGUAUCAAAAGAUUGCAACGGGGCUGCAAACUAGGACAUACGAUUACAGUCGAGGACUUGUUGCGCGUUGCCAAGCAGAAUUUCCAGAACUCCAAAUCACUAGAAAAGAUGAAAGGCGAUUGCAACUGACUGGCAACUUCCUUAGCCUUGAAAGAUUUGAGACAUUUUCCAGUGGGAGUACACGGACAUAUUCACACUACCAAACCCCAAAUAAAACAAAAGUCAAUGACACACCUUACACGCAACCUGUGAAACAACAGACCUCAAUAGACCAAGCCAAAGAUGAGACGUGUCCAAUUUGUUUGGAAACACUCAAGAUAUCUGAAUCCACAGUCUUGUCUAAAUGUAAACACAGAUUUUGUAAAGACUGUUUGGAGAGAGCUUUCCAAGUGAAGCCAACUUGUCCGAUAUGCGGAGAGAUAUAUGGCAGUCUUACAGGGACGCAACCAAAAGGAGGAACCAUGACUGUUUCAUCGGACAGAUCCUCUCUCCCUGGAUAUGAAACAUAUGGUACAAUAAUAAUUAACUACCAUAUAUCAAGUGGAUAUCAGGGGGAUGAACACCCAAACCCAGGCAUGCUGUACCAGGGUGCGUCCCGCAUAGCUUACCUCCCUGACUCAUCGGAGGGGAAUAAGGUACUGAAGCUUCUGCAGAGGGCAUUCGACCAGCGACUCACUUUCACCAUCGGACGCUCAUCUACCACUGGACAGAACAAUGUGGUGACCUGGAAUGACAUUCAUCAUAAGACGUCUCGUUAUGGAGGGCCAACCUCUUAUGGUUACCCAGAUCCAGAUUACCUGAAACGAGUACAAGAUGAACUGAAAGCAAAAGGAAUCGACUAACUACUUUUUAAUCAGUUCAGACACUAUUAUUACAACCAGUAGUCAUUUUAAAACCGGGACAAGAAUAAAGUGAUAUUGUAGUCUUGUGGUCACUAA